AUGACUCCAGAGGAAGCAAGCACUCUUCUAGCAGAUCAAGCUACCUUGUACAAAACCAUUGGGGCUUCACACACCAUCAUCAAGGAUAAAACAGCAUCAGCCUUAUUCAACGAGCAUCAAUGGGAAGUUCGCCUCGAUCUACUGGAGAAAAAUUGGAAAAUGUUUUCGGACAAUGAUCUUAUUCUACAGAGAGCUGCAACCAGCAACAAGGAGUUGGACUAUUUUGCAAAAGGGGUUUCGGAUGAAGCUUCGAGCUGGUACAUUGACACGAAGGCUUUUAUGUUGGGAAAAAUCAAGGAGUUCACAAAACCUCCUGCAUCUACGGUUACACAACCUACGGUUACUGCACCUCAGGCUACGCUACAGCAAAGUGUGGUUCAAACCUCAUAUGAAGCAAUUAAACUACCAACUUUCAACGGAGUUCAGAAAGAAUGGCAAACUUACAAGGAGCAAUUCACUGCAUUAGUGAUCAACGAAGCAAGCAUGGCUCCAGUUAUCAAACUUCAACGAUUGAUGAAUUCCUUAGGAGAUGAAGCAAGACGUACGAUACAAACCAUCAGCGUGAUCGGAGACAACUUUACAACGGCAUGGGAAACGCUGUGCCAAAAAUUUGAUAAUCCACCUUUACAAUUCCGCCUGCAAAUGGAAACUCUAGUCAACAUGCCUUCAUUCAGCAAGGAAUCAGCUGCACACCUUAGCGGAUUGCUAAGUACAGUUUCAGAAAGCAUCAGCAGCUUCACCGCUCUAGGUAGAUUAGUCAAACAAUGGGAGGAUGUGAUUAUAUUCUUCAUCACUACCGAGAUUUCUGAACGCACUCGAUUGGAUUGGAUCAAGUAUAUUUCUACGGAAAAGCUUGGCAGUUUCCCUACAUUCAAACAGUUAGAAACUUUCCUGAAGGAGCGGAUUUGUUCUUUGGAGUUGGCUCACUCAAGUCUCGAGAAAGCUCCAGCUAAGCCGCCAAAUACGAACAACAUCGAUACAUCGAAGCAACGGCCGUAUAAACAACAUGGAAAACCUUCAUCAACGGUAUCGUAUUUUAAUAAUUCAACAAAAAGGGAAAAGUGCUGGGUCAAAGGUAGAUGCCGCAAAUGUGGCAACAAGCAUCAUUCACAACUUCAUGAAGUUUAUUCAACCAUGGAGAAGGAUAACUCACGCCCAAAUAGAAGUACUCAACCGCCUGCCAAGGACGGACAUGCUGGUAAUUCUUCGGAUCGAUCGUCGACUUACUGCACCAUGGGGCAUGUGGACCAAUGCAUGCCCUCACCUGCUUCAGCAUUUGUGAGGAGAAAAGGAUUUUUAGCUACAGGCAUCCUCACCUUCCGGUCACCUCAAGGCCAUCGAAUGGAAGUUCGAGCACUUCUGGAUACAUGCUCAGAAGACUGCUUUUUCAGCGAGCACAUGGUGCAGACUUUGUCACUUCAUCGUCAACAAACUUCAGUCGUUUGCUACGGCGUUGGCGACCAAACAACCUCUGUGGCUGAUGCUCUUGCUACAGCUUACUUAUACUCUGAUCCGUUUCCAGACUUUUCAUUGGCUGUUACCGGGCUGAUACUCAAAAAGGUGGCUGGCACCACUCCAAAUCAGCACAUCUCCACGGCAACGUGGCAUCAUCUCAAGGGUUUGAAACUGGCCGACCCUGCCUUCAAUGUUCCUGGUCGUGUCGAUUGCAUUCUCAACACCGAAGUCUUCGCUGCGAUCUUACGCAAUCGCAUCAAGAAAGGCCUACCAGCCCAGCCUGCAGCUCUGGAAACAAUCUUCCGAUGGGUCGUCAUCGGAGCUGAACAAGCUUUUUCGAAGGCCAGCUCACGCACCAAGGUUCUGCGCACUGUGACCGCAAGUGCAGAGGCAUCAGAGCUUUCGCAAGCUCUCACAAAAUUCUGGGAACUAGAAGAAGUUCCUCCUGCUGUUCAUCUUUCACCAGACGAGGAGGCCUGCUACGACCACUUCAAGAAGACGCAUACGAGGAACGAACAAGGUCGUUUCGUUCUUCGGCUUCCAUUCAAGGAGGCUCCGACCUUGCCUGACUCCAAGGCAGUAGCAGAAACUUGUCUCAAUCGUCAGAUUCGACGCUUCAAAAAGAACCCACAGGUGGGAGAAGCAUACUCAACUUUCAUGCAGGAAUACUCUGAUUUAAGACACAUGGAGGUAGUUCCAGAGGAUGAGGCAACAAAUCCAAUUUCCGGUUAUAUUCCACAUCAUUGUGUUUUUAAGCUCUCGAAAAUUCGAGUUGUGUUUAAUGGAUCACAACGUUAUUCUAAUGUGCAUCCAGAGGAUCGAGACUAUCAAAGGAUAGUUUGGCGUCCAUCAUUCAACGAUGAUCUCAAAAUUUAUCGACUCAACACCGUCACAUAUGGCGAAGGCUGCGCCCCUUUUCAAGCCAACGUUUGCAUGCUCCAGCUUGUUGACGACGGAGAGUCUCAAUACCCCAAAGCUGCUGAAGCCUUACGUCAAAAUAGGUACGCCGAUGACUUUUACAUUGGAGAAGACACUGUAGAAGGUGCCUGUGAAUCACGUAAGCAAUUGGUUCAAUUACUUUCUUCUGCUGGCAUGGAAGUCGGUCCAAGACCUUCGGAAGAUGCUUUUAAUUUUAAAGUUUCAACUUCUUCUUUGCCAAAAGUCAUCACAAAACGAUUUCUUCUCUCGGAAAUUUCUAAAUUAUUCGAUCCAAUUGGCUACUUAAGUCCUGUAGUUACGAGAGGAAAAAUCUUACUUCAAAAUCUUUGGCUUAAAAAACUUGGAUGGGACGAUCCUGUUCCUCCCGAAAUUCAGGAAGCCUGGACAAUCUUUCACAAAGAACUGUUGGAUUUAGAGAAAAUAAAAAUUCCAAGAUGGCUUGGAACUAAUUCAUUUUCGGGGUGGGACCUACACUGCUUCUGCGAUGCAUCUAAACGUGCUUACGCAGCUGCUAUUUAUGUCGUCACACCACCAGGGCAGACGUUUAGUUCAAAGCUGUUAGUUUCAAAAUCGAAAGUUGCACCAAUAAAGGUGAUUAGUAUACCAAAGCUUGAACUUUGCGCCGCUGCUCUGCUCGUAAAGCUUCUCUUAUACAUUUUAAAGCAUCUAAAGCGAAAUCCAUCUCGAAUUUUCUGCUGGAGCGAUUCUAAAGUAGUUCUUGCCUGGCUACUAUCACAUCCAUCACGAUGGAAAACUUUCAUUGCAAACAGAGUAAAUUUCAUCACCACUUCUCUGCCAGCCGAUACUCAAUGGGGUUACGUAUCUACUUUAGAAAACCCAGCUGACCUACCUACGCGAGGUCUAAAACCAUCUGAACUUAAAGACUCUUCCUUGUGGUGGCACGGUCCAACGUGGCUUACAAAACCUUCUUCUGAAUGGCCAAAAACCACAGAACAAUUUACGACUCAGGAGGAAAGUUCUCCAGAUGAGUCACAUGUUUUUGUGUCACAAGAAUCAGAUCUUAUGGCUUGGACUGAAAAGUUUUCGUCAAUUGACAAACUCGUGCGUAUUCCGUCAUACAUUCAUCGCUGGCGAGCAAAUUCUAAAUUAGAGCGAUCCAAACGACGAGUUGGAGGUCUCUGCGCUUCAGAACUUAAGGUUGGACUUACUUAUUUAAUGAGAAUUCCGCAAAAGGCCUUCUUCUCGGCCGAACUUCAAAGUCUAAAACAAGGUCAAAAAAUUGCACCUAAUAGUAUCAUUCUUAGAUUGUCGCCAGAGUUGAAAAGUGAUGGUCUGUUGCAUGUUGGAGGUCGACUUCAAAAUUCCUAUCUCACUGAUGAGGAAAAACACCCAAUAAUAUUGCCAACAAACAACCAUAUCGCAAAACUUCUUGUUGCUCAAGCUCAUAAAAAGACUCUUCAUGGCGGUCCGACAGUCGUCCAAAGUCAUCUUAAUCGAAAGUUCUGGCUAGUCAGAGGUCGCAAUUUCAUUCGAAAAGUUGUCCAUGAUUGCGUCAAAUGUGCUCGGUAUGGUGGAGCGGUAAUUCAACAGCAAAUGGCCCCUUUGCCUGCUGUACGUACAAGACCAUCUCGACCUUUUACCUAUACCGGAGUUGACUAUGCAGGUCCAUUUUGGAUACGCUGUGCCCCUGGUCGAGGACAGAAAGCGUAUAAAGCAUACGUAGCAAUUUUUAUCUGCAUGGUAACUCGCGCGGUGCACAUCGAGAUAGUUUCGAGUCUUACUUCUGAAGCUUUUCUCGCAGCUUUUCGUCGAUUUGUUGCUCGUCGUGGUUUGCCUCUCUUCAUGUAUUCCGACAAUGGUACCACCUUCAAGGGUGCCGACGAGGAAUUGUAUCAGUUGUUUUGCGAAACCUCUGCUUUCAGCGAGGAAGUAGCUGCAAGCAUUGCAAAAGAUGGUGUCACUUGGUCGUACAUUCCUCCUCGCGCGCCUCACUUUGGAGGCUUAUGGGAAACUGACGUGCGCUCCUUCAAAAAACAUCUCUGCACCAUUGAGUCGUGCCUGAACUCAAGGCCACUCAGCCCUCUCAGUUCCAACCCUGAAGACCUGGCCGCUCUUACGCCUGGCCACUUCUUAAUUGGUGCUGCUCUGACGUCAGUUCCAGAACCUUUUGAUCAGACAAAUGAAUCUGUUUCUCCCCAUAUUAGAUGGCACUUACUUUCUCUCAUGAGAAAUCACUUCUGGAAACGCUGGAAGUCUGAAUUCCUGGCACAGAUGCAGCAACGUUCUAAGUGGCUGUACCCGAACGUAGUUCACAAGGUUGGCGACCUUGUCUUGUUCAAGGACGACCAGCUUCCGCCAUCAAAAUGGCCACUUGCUCGCAUCGUUCGACUGCACCUGGGGAAAGACGGUCUCAGUCGUGUGGCCGUGAUCAAAACUGCCACCAAAGAAUACACCAGGGCACUCAACAGCUUGGUGCGUCUGCCUAUCAACACCGAGGUCCAAGAAAACUUGCCACCCCCGGCUUGA